CUCCAGAUGUUUGUGUUCAUUUCCUGGUCAGCUGAUUCAGACGGAGGAAAAGACAAGCGGAGCGUUAGCAUCCAUUAUGAUGAUCCUGUCUCGUCGCCUGGACAGCAUUUGAAAUGAAAGUGACAAAACUGUAAAGCCACCUCGAACCCUGAAAGCCCCGGAUUCGUACCUGAGUGUCUGUGUGCUUGUGUUCGCCAGCAUCGAGCAUCGGAUCUUGUGGGGAAACAGCAGAGCGAGCCCUGUCCCCUGCUUCUCUUCACCUCUGUUUACUGGAAAGUUCCUCUCCUCUCCUGGCUACUGAAAGGCCUUUUUCCAAUCGCAGUGCCAGAAAAGGACGCUGCUGAGAAAGCCACAGUGUCAGACUGAACUGGAUUCAAUGAGGGAGCCAGAUCGGGAGGAGCAACCUGAGGACAACAUGCCCCCCAAGUUUAAACGACACCUCAAUGAUGACGAGGUCACGGGAUCCAUUCGCAGCGAGAGGAGGAACCUACUGGAGGAUGACUCUGAUGAGGAGGAAGAUUUCUUUUUGAGAGGACCCACGGGACCCAGAUUUGGACCUCAGAAUGACAAAUUCAAGCAGGUGCAGUCGCAGGUUGAUGAGGUGAUCGAUGUGAUGCAGGAGAACAUCUCCAAGGUGAUAGAGAGAGGCGAGCGGCUCGACGACCUGCAGGACAAGUCGGAGAGCCUAUCGGACAACGCGUCUGCCUUCAGUAGCCGAGCCAAACAGCUGCACAGGAGGAUGUGGUGGAGAGACAUGAAGAUGAAGAUGAUCAUUGCCUUGGUAGUCGUUGCUCUCCUGCUCAUUAUCAUCAUUCCGGUGAUCCUGCGAUAUCGCUAGUGUCUGGCGAGCGGGAUGGGGGAGAACCCUCCGCUUCCUCUUCCUCUCUCUCUCUCUCUCUCUCUCUCUCUCUCUCUCUCUCUCUCUCUCUCCUUUGCACACAGUCCUCCACUCCAGCCAGGGGGCGCCAGCCAGCCUCCCACACCCUCCUCAGUGUCAGCGUGUGCACCCUCAAAGAUCUGGCCUCAACUUGCCCUUAGUACAGAUCUCAUCAUUGGUACUUCCACGUAAAUCUGCUGCUAGAUCAGUACUAAGGCUCGGGUUUGAUCCCUGCUUUGAAGCUACAGAAAGGGGAUACAGGAGACUUGGGAUAUUUUUAAUGCCGUUUGGGAGAAGACGCUGACUCUCAAGCCCUCUAGUCAAUGUGAAGGAGUGCUCCAUGCCAUGAUAACAUAUCACAUGUAGGGCCCCGUCUUUGCCUUGACAACAAGGACACCCCGGGUCCUGCACAUUACAUCAUAUAGAUAUAGAUACUGUAAAGGCAGGGAAUCCACUCCAACUGUCUCUCUUAGUCUAGCUGCUCUGAAUCUGCUGCAGCAGCCUCAUAUAAAGGGGGCUUUAACAUUUAGCCAGUGAACUUCAGAUGUCCACCCAUGAUU